AGGCUCCAGCUGGUGGCUGUGAGAACAUCUCUUCUCAAAUAGCUGGGCCAGGGGUCCUCAUGCUGCUGUGUUCGUUGCUGGUCAUCUUUGCUCCAGUCAGUGAACAGUCAGACUGGCCGACCCUUCUGGCCCCCUCUUCUGUCUUUGAAGGAGACAGUAUAGUUCUGAAAUGCCAGGUAAAACAGAACAGAAAAAUAAAAACUAUGUCUUACUACAAGGAUGGAAGAGAGCUAUUUUUGUCAACAUACGUCUCAAACUUCCUUAUCCAAAGGGCACUUUUCAAUGACAGUGGCCAGUACCACUGUGCCAUUUCCGGACAAUUUAUUUUCAGUUGGAAAAAAACUUCAGAAGCAGUAAAGAUCAAAGUCCAAGAGUUGUUUCCACCUCCUGUGCUGACAGUGAGUCCUUCCCAGCUCACCGAGGGGACCCCAGUGACCCUGACCUGUGAGACUUGGCUUCCUCCACAGAGGCUAGACACUGAGCUUCAAUUCUUCUUCUUCAGAGAAGACCAGAGCCUGGGGCCAGGCUGGAGCAGGUCCCCAGAGCUCCAGAUCCCUACUAUAUGGAGCCAAGAUUCAGGGUCUUAUUGGUGCGAGGCACAGACAGUGACUCAUAGGGUCAAAAAGCAGAGCCUCAAAUCUCACAUUCAUGUGCAGAGAGUGCCCGUCGCUAAUGUGAGUUUAGAAACCCAGCCCCCAGGAGGGCAGGCGAUUGAAGGAGGGAAGUUGGUCCUCUUCUGCUCAGUGUCUGAGGGCACAGGAAACAUCACAUUCUCCUGGCACAAAGACGCCACAGAAACCAGUCUGGGAAAUAAGACCCAGCAUUCCCUGUCAGCAGAGCUGGAGAUCCUGGCUGUGAGGGAGAGCGAUGCUGGUAAAUAUUACUGCAGAGCUGACAACGGCCACCGUCCCAUCUGGAGUGAGGUGAACGUCACUGUAAGAAUUCCAGUGUCUCGCCCUGUCCUCACUCUUGGGCUUUCUGGGGCCCAGGCUACGGUGGGGGACACGGUAGAGCUUCACUGUGAGGUCCGGAGAGGCUCUCCCCCAAUCCUGUACUGGUUCUAUCAUGAGGAUGUCAUCCUGGGGAACAGCUCAGCAUCUUUUGGAGGAGGAGCAUCCUUCAAUCUCUCUCUGACCUCAGAGCACUCUGAGAACUACUCCUGUGAGGCCAGCAAUGGCCUGAGGGCUCAGCGCAGUCAUGUGGUGACACUCAAUGUCACAGGACCUGAUGGAUAUAGAAGAGACCUUGUCAUAGCCAAAACUCUUGGGGGACUGUUUGGUGUUCUUGGUUUUGUUGCUGUUGCUCUACUGUUUUAUUACUGGUACCAGAAGACAUCAGGAGGAAGUUCUGCCUAUAAUGCAUCCAGAGGCCCUUUCAGCCCAGGCUCUCAAGAAUCCACCUACUCCAGCCCACUCCCAGCAGUGGAGGAGCUGCAGCUCAUGUAUGCCAAUGAUGAGACCACUCACCCCAGCCCACUCACAGUGACAGAGGAGCUGCAGCCAGCAUAUAUGAAUGUGGGUGCUGCAGAUACGGAUGUAGUUUAUUCCCAGGUAUGGUGCACCCAGCAGACAGAAGGCUCAGCAAAUAUCAGAAAAACAUUUCUGGAGAUCAAGGACUCCUCAGCCAUCUACUCUGAAGUGAAGAAGGCAUAAUACUUGGAGGAAUCAGAGGGGAAAACCAGUGAUAAGGACAGAGCAGCAAUAAGGAUUGCCAUAAAACUUUAGGAAAAUGUUCAGGAUGUUCAUAACCAUUAUAGCCAGAUGUGCUUCAGGGACUGUAGGCAAGCCACGUUGUGUCACCAUUUCUGUUCUCAUCAUGUUUGUUCCCCAAUAUCUUCUUUUAUUCAUCAAAUGUUUAUUUGAACUGCUACUGUAUCCCAGGCACUGUGUAAGGAAAUGAUUUCUGCCGUCUUCUCUUAAGCUAUCAAUGUGCAAAGAGCUGAGGAAAGAGGAAUGAACCAGAGAGACAAGUUCUCAUCUUUGCCUACUUUGAGGUGAUGACAACAGAAUCCAUUUCUGGGCUACUCUUUCCCUCCCACAUGAGGAUUCAGUCAUCUUUUGUCUCCCCAGGGACCUCAAAGUUUUAAUUAUUAUCUUCUGAAAUGAAUUGAACCCCCUCUUACUUUGUAAGAACUUUAGAGUUGAGUUUGAGGGAGGAAACAGCAGACUGAGUUAGCUUGCUAUAUUCUCCAGGCACUAGAAUGUUCAACUUUACAUUGACUUAAACAAGUUAACAAGGGAUAUUAUGUUUUUUUUGAAAUGCAAAAUGUCCUGUCAUAGAUUGGCAGUUUAGUAGAGAGAUUAAGAACACAGCUUCUAGAGACAACUGCCUGGAGGGGUGUCCCAUCUCCACUAUUAGCCGUGUGUCUAUUCCUCCACCAGUCACACACUGUCUUAAUUACUGUAGCUACACAGUAAUCCUUGCCAUCUAGAAGAAUAAAACCUCCUACUUUAUUUUUUUUUUUCAGAACUGGUCUAACUAUCAAAUAAUAAUAAUAUAAUAACAUGUUUUGAUUUCUAAAAAUGAAAUUAGCAUGAAAAUGGACAAUAAACCAGUAAUCAGUUGCUGUUGAGUUGAUUCUGAUUCAUGAUAACCCGAUGUGUGUCACAGUACAACUGUACUCCAUAUAGUUUUCAAGGCUGUGACCUUUCAGAAGUAGAUUCCCAAGCCUUUCUUCUGAGGCACCUCUGAAAGGACUUGAACUUCUGAGCUUUUGGUUAGCAGCUGAGUGGGUUAGCCAUUUGCACUACCCAGUGACCCCAGAGGCCAAGAAUAGAUAGGCCAAAAUAUACACCACACCAAUUGCCCUCAAGUUGACUCCAACUCAUGGUGACCACCCUUGUGUCACAGUAGAACUAUGCUCCAUAGGGUUUUCAAUGGCUGAUUUUUUGGAAGCAGAUCACCAGGCAUUUCUUCCCAAGCACCUCUGGGUGGACAGGAACCUCUAAACUUUUCAUUAGCAGUCAAGUGCGUAAUCAUUUGCACCACCCAGGAACUCCAGACCAAAAUAGUAGAACAGAGUUACAGUCGAGAAUAGCCAGUUGAGAAGAAAAAAAGCAGUAACAUUUAUGUAUAUUUAACGAACAAUAAAGUAUCACAAAUCAAGGUGAUGAUUUUUUUAACCUCAUGCUAAAUUUCAUUUCUGCUCAUAUCACCAUUAAAAUGACCAAAGAAACGCAAAAACUGGGGAAGAAAUCUGGAUCAGCACAUAUGCACCCAAAACAGGAAUUCUAAUGAGAUAUUAUGUAGAUGGAACCAAAUAAAUAGAAAUACCUUUGAGUAUGCCUUGGAAAGACCUGUUAGUAAUUAAGUGAACACAUUGCUUCUCAGCCUUUUGGCUAAGACCAAGUAUAGUUAAGUGGACAACAUCCUUAGCAUGACCUUCUAGCUUCUAAGCUCUGAGAAUAAAAAAAAAAAAAAAAA